AUGAAAAUUUUUGACCAAUGGCAAGCUUCUCUAAGACGCUGGAUUAAUGAUGAAACAAAGAAAUUGGGCCUUGUAAUUGCCCAUUUGAUUGGUGUAUGGUGUGAGUUUGGGCCACAAGGCCCACAACCAAAACGACACCGUUGCAGAAAAGGACGAGUCCCACCGCCUCAUGUGUCUAAAGCUCAGGCGCCGCCGGUCUCUCUCUGGGGACCGAGAGAGAGUUCUCUUCUAGCGGCGGAGACAAAAACGAAGAAGAAGAUGGCGAGCAAUCUGGGCCGUCUAUUCACAUCAGCAAUCGAGCUUUCCAAGCCUCCAAAGUUAUCUCUAUCCUUCGGCAGAUCCGAACUCUCGAUCUCAGCGAUUCGACUUAUUUGGUCUUCGACGCAGCGAAAACAAUCUCAUCAAGAAAACCCCAAGGAACCAGAAGGUGAGGUCUCGGAAAACUCAGAGAAGCUCGAAAGUGAAGAUGACGAUACUCGCAAUGGCGAUGCUGAAGAUGAGGAUAUGAGGACAGUGAUGGCGUUCAAGUGA